CCAUCUUGCAAUACGGGAAGAGGGAAGUGUCUCGUUGGGUGAGAAUAGGCAGGGAGCGGCGGCCUGUCAGCGAGAGACAGUUCGGACAUCACCCGGUAACCCCCCCUCCCGGAGCCGUCAUGAUCCUGCUGGAGGUCAACAACCGCAUCAUCGAGGAGACCCUCGGACUGAAGUUUGAAAAUGCGGCGGCUGGAAAUAAGCCAGAGGCCGUCGAGGUGACAUUUGCAGACUUCGAUGGGGUUCUCUACCACAUCUCCAAUCCAAACAGUGACAAGUCCAAGGUGAUGAUCAGUAUUUCCCUGAAGUUCUACAAGGAGCUGCAGGAACACGGAGCUGACGAGAUUUUGAAGAAAGUUUAUGGGAACUUCCUUGUCUCCCCCGAGUCAGGUUACAAUGUAUCCUUGCUCUAUGAUCUGGAGUCCUUACCGCCAAACAGAGAGUCCGUCAUUCACCAAGCCGGGAUGCUGAAACGCAACUGCUUCGCGUCGGUCUUCGAAAAGUACUUCAAGUUCCAGGAGGAGGGGAGAGAGGGUGAGAGCAGAGCGGUGAUCCAUUACAGGGACGAUGAGACCAUGUAUGUGGAGUCCAAAAAGGACAGGGUGACCGUUGUGUUCAGCACAGUGUUUAAAGACGACGACGAUGUUGUUAUAGGAAAGGUGUUCAUGCAGGAGUUUAAGGAGGGGCGACGUGCCAGUCACACAGCCCCCCAAGUGCUCUUCAGCCACCGGGAGCCACCUCUGGAGCUGAAGGACACAGACGCAGCAGUCGGUGAUAACAUUGGGUAUAUCACCUUCGUUCUGUUUCCUCGCCACACCAACGCCAACGCAAAGGACAACACCAUCAAUCUUAUCCAUACAUUCCGGGAUUACUUGCAUUAUCACAUCAAGUGCUCCAAGGCUUAUAUCCACACCCGCAUGAGGGCAAAAACCUCGGACUUCCUUAAGGUCCUGAACAGAGCUCGUCCUGACGCCGAAAAGAAGGAGAUGAAAACUAUAACGGGCAAGACUUUUUCCUCUCGCUGAUUACUUGCACUAGAGCCGGGGCAAGACCAGCGGAGUUAGACAGAGCGGCUCCUCUCCCUCCCGAGCGUAAAACCCCCCGCGGAACGGUUCCAGAUCUGCAUUCUGGGGUAUUAUCCUGUAAGCUCAAAUGUUGAAGCUGUGCUUUGCCAAGACUGAAAUAUAUCGAGACAGACCGGCGUCAUGGCCGCUGUUCUACCGUUAUCCCCGUCCCUGCCAUGUUUCGCUUCUAUAUUUACUUGUUUUCUUAUUGGACAAAAAAAAAAUGAUAUCCAGUGAAUACACCUGUGCGCAUGAAUUGAAAUGUUGACAGUAAUUGUUUUGCAAUUGUUGAAUAAAUAAAUCUUUC